AUGUAUCAAGGGGUUGGAAAGACUACUUUGAUCCAGAAAGUUACUCAGGCUCUAAAAUCCACAGGGGUCCCCAUUGAUGGAUUUUACACAGAGGAAGUCCGAGAAGGUGGCAGGAGAACAGGAUUUGAUGUUGUCACUCUGUCUGGAAAACGAGGACCUUUAUCUAGAGUCAGUUCUGAUUCUUCUACUUCAAGACGUGAAUGUCGGGUUGGGCAAUAUGUUGUAGACGUUGUUUCCUUUGAGCAGCUGGUUCUUCCUUUGCUGAGAAAUGUAAAUCUUAGCAGUGAUGCAGAGAAAAAAAUUUGCGUCAUAGAUGAGAUUGGUAAAAUGGAACUCUUCAGCCAGUCUUUUAUUCAAGCUGUUCGUCAAACGCUGACUGGUUCAGGGACUGUGAUACUUGGAACUAUUCCAAUACCUAAGGGAAAGCCACUGGAUCUUGUUGAAGAAAUAAGAAGUAGAAAAGAUGUUAAAGUGUUCAAUGUUAAUAAGGAAAAUAGAAAUGGCGUUUUGCAAGACAUCUUGGCAGCUGUGGAAUCCUGUAGAAAAUGAAGACCUUUUUGUUGCCUGUAAACACUAAGCUUUUAUUUUUACAGAAUACUACGUUUUGCAGAUAUUUUAGAGUCUGUCCUUCCUGUGUAAGCCACUGGAUGCUUUACUGAACCCUCCAGGGUAAGCAAGGUAAAGCUGGUAAUACUUUAAAAUGUGAAAAUGAGAUAGUGGGAACAAGAGUUUAUUCAGUUCACAAGGCUAUCCGAAAAUUGAACAGACCUUUAACUAUCAUCAAAUUCCUUUAGUUAACAUCAAAUUCCAGCCUGAGCAUUUGAAAGUUAGGUGGUCUGACUCGAGUUGCACCGUGUGAAAGCAAUUAACUGUCAAACAUACUGGAGCUAUGUCUGACAGGAAUCUUAAUCCUUCAGCAUGUGACAUGGACUGUUCUGUCUUGAGAGCAGUUUGAUGUGGGUAAAGUCCCACCGAGUAAUGUGCAUUGAGGAUUGCACAGGACUAAACUGGAGCUUAGUCCUACUCUGAUGGAACAGAAGUGUACCCAGAAAGUGUAUGUGCUCUGCCUGCUUUAUGUCUCUGUUAACUCCGACCUGGUUUAGAUGCAUCAAAAGAGUGUCUUUCAGCAUGGGUGCUGAUGGUUCAUGAGAUGGAAGGCAUAACUUGAUUUUUUUUUUUUCUUGCACCUCUUCCCUAAUUGCAGUAUAGGAAGGGUCACCCAAAAUUGCAAGCAAAUUUACUGUACUCCCAAGUGGAAUUUACAAGAUUCUACUUAAGAAGGGAAAAUAACCAGCUCCACCUUCUUUUUAAGUGGCCCAGACAAUAGUGGAUAAAAAUGUUGUAUUUUUGUGUUUAUUUUGAAGUUUCUGAUGGCAAUCCUGCUUCUCAUCCCCCCUUUAAAGAAGGAGGAAAAAAAAAAAAGUCACGGAAGCAUAGUCAAAUCAUGACAUAUGUUUUUCAUGCAGAGUUUAAUAGGUCAGGAUAGACUUAAGUCUGCAUUUGUCUAUAUAGGUUUUGCAAUCGAUUAUGAUUUAUUGAUACUCUUUUUGUUUGUUGUUUUCCUUCUUCAUUUCUGUGCAUGCUUCGUGGUUAAUGAUGGAAUAAGAAGUGUUUGAGAGUAUUAGACAAUGUGUUUCCCUAGGAGGUUUGCAAAUGUGUUCAGGAAAAGUGCUACCACUUAAUCAGUUUUGCAUGUUGUGAAAACAGAAUUCCCUCCCAGGUGCACACUUGUUCAUUGUAUGAUUUAUAGUCAUCUCUAGCAGUAAAAAGAUGUUAAGAAUUCAA